AGAGUCCGUUAGGGAAAAAGCCGAACGCGCGGGCCGGUGUGAGUGUGUGAGUGAGUGUGUGUAUGAGUGUGUGAGUGUGUGCGUAGAGUUGUAGUGAUGGCGUCCUGUACGCGCGCUGUGUGGCUCGGAUUGAAGCUGCUCUUUAUCGCGGCCUCGGUGUCGGUAAACUGCGCGAGCCGAAACGACCUGUUCGAUUACGGAGUUCAGUCUGGAGAUCAGACUCUGCAGUCGGGAACCGACCAGACUCAAACAAUCAUCUUGGAGCGAGCUGUUUUCUUCUUCGACCAGAACUUUCAAAAAGUUUACGUCAACACCAAUGGCUUUGUCUCCGUGGCUAACCCUCCAGCUCAGUCAGAGUAUUUGGGUAAGAUGCCCGCUACCUUUGGCAUUAUCGCAGCUUUCCUUGGGGACCUGGACACCAGUGAUGGAGUUGGGAAAGUCUACUUCAGGGAGGACACCAACCCAGAACUGUUGCAGAGGAUUGGUGAUCAGAUCAACCAGGCGUUUCCGGACGACAUCAAGCUCAAGCCGACUCAUGCCGUACUUGUGACCUGGGAGAACGUGGCAGCUCAGGGAGCACCGGACAGAGGAGAUGGAUCUCAUAAACAAAGAAACACUUUCCAGCUUGUCUUAGCAUCUACAGAAUUGACCACUCAUGCUAUCCUGCUCUACCCAAAAGAUGGCAUGCUUUACUUCUCCACUCCUGUAGACGGUGAGAGUCAGGCCAUUGAGGCCGGCUUCAGCCAGGGUCUGAUUCAGAGCUGGCUCUGGAGUAGACAAGGCCCUUAUUAUCGCAUCCCCACUAAUGUUGAGAACACUGACGUCAGAGAACUCGCAGAGCAAACAAAUUCUGGCAAGCGUGGUGUGUGGGUUUACAAUAUUGGCUCCUCCUCGUUCACUGAUAUUAUACCUGGCCAUGUCACCAUCGUAAAGGAGGAUGUGCUUCCCCUGGAAGCCACUGAAAAUGCAGAGACAAUAUACUCUGGAAGGGGUGAGUUCACAGAGGAUCCACUUUAUCUAGUAGAAAAAACCCCACCAGAAAGAAGCCCACCAGAAUCCAUCCUACUUUCCCGGAGUAGCAAUCCUCAUGAAGAAUACCCGAUACCUCGGGGGCCCAGGCCAGUCAACCCGCAGGUUGUGGUUCUGGAUGAACAGGAUGAAACCAUAAAUGUUAAUGUGUUUUCUUAUCAUGAGACGUGCGCCAGCAACAGACACAAGUGCUCUAGUUUUGCAGAUUGCCGAGACUACGGUACAGGUUAUUGCUGCCAUUGUAAGCCUGGCUUUUAUGGCAACGGGAAGGAAUGUGUUGCUGAGGGCAAACCACAGAGGAUGAACGGGAAAGUUAAUGGCAGAAUCUACGUCGGCAGGUCAGGUUCCCCGGUCGAGUUCUCUAACAAUGACUUGCACUCGUAUGUGGUAGCGAAUGACGGACGAGCUUAUGUAGCCAUUAGCAGCAUCCCAACCAGUGUCGGCCACUCCCUGCAGCCUCUCGCCUCAGUCGGAGGGGUCAUUGGCUGGGCCUUCGCGCUGGAGCAGCCGGAAUACAUGAAUGGCUUCAGCAUUGUUGGAGGGGUUUUCACACGUCAGGCCGAGGUGACCUUUCAGCCGGGCGGCGAGAAACUCACCAUCAACCAGGAGUUCAAAGGAAUCGACGAGCACGACCACCUAGUGGUGAGCACUCAGCUGGAGGGGAGGAUCCCAGAAGUCUCACCUGGUGCCAGUGUCCAAAUCGACCCCUACAUCGAGAUCUACCAGUACGCCAGCAACAUGAUCACAUCGUCUUCCACCCGGGAAUACACAGUAAGCGACCCCGAUGGUUCUGUCCGCACUCUGAACUACCUAUGGAGGCAACAGAUCACGUUCCAAAGCUGCCCGUAUGGUGAUUCCAUCCGCUCCGUACCACCCAGCCAGCAGCUCAGCGUGGACCAGGUGUUCGUCAUGUACGACUCGGCCAACCAGCUCAUCCGCUAUGCCAUGAGCAACAAGGUCGGCCCCAUCAGUGGAACCCCAGAGCAGAACCCGUGUUACACCGGGAGACAUGGAUGCGACAUCAAUGCAGUUUGCAACCCUGGUCCGGGAAACCGGUUCACAUGCCAGUGUGCUUCAGGAUUCACAGGCGAGGGGCGCACGUGCUACGAUAUUGACGAAUGUGCUGAGACCUCAGGGAUCUGUGGCGCUCACUCCAUCUGUAAUAACCAUCCCGGGACUUUCCGCUGUGAGUGUAUAGAUGGCUUCCAGUUCGGCCCCGAUGGCCGCACAUGUGUCCAAGUGCACCAUGACCACAAUCACUGUCAUAGGGGGACACACGACUGUGACAUCGCUGAACGUGCCCGCUGCAGCUACACCGGCGGAUCAACGUACACCUGCUCCUGUCUGAAUGGCUUCACGGGAGAUGGCAGAGUGUGCCAUGAUAUCGAUGAGUGCCAAACGUCCCGUUGCCAUAGAGACGCCGUCUGUCACAAUACACAUGGCUCUUUUAUCUGUCAGUGCAAUGUAGGCUUCUACGGCGAUGGCUUCAGCUGCACGGCUGAUUCAGUGCGUGAGAAGACUACAUGCGAGAAACACAGAGAGACAGCCCUGGCAGCCACGUCUACCUUCUUCCGGCCACGGCCAACGGUGGGCCAGUUCAUCCCCACAUGUGACCACAAUGGAGCGUAUUCGCCAAUGCAAUGCCACGACAGCAUCGGCCAGUGCUGGUGCGUGUACCCCAAUGGCCAGGAGAUCGCUGGAACCCGAACCGGACCAGACAGCAGACCCACAUGUACGGACUUUGUCCCUGUGGGCCCCACCACCAGGCCAGAUGUCAGACCACCACCUCCAGGAGCUAAUCUUAUUUUUGCCCAGAAUGGCAAAAUUGAUCACAUCCCCCUGGACGGCAGCAGCAUGAAGAAAGAGGAGGCUAAGACCAUGCUGCAUGUACCAGAUAAGGUGGUGAUUGCUGUGGCGUACGACUGCGUGGACAAGAUGGUGUACUGGACUGACAUCACACAGCCAUCCAUCAGCAGAGCCAGCGUUGAGGGAGGCCAGCCCACGGCCAUUAUCACAAAAGAUUUAGGAAGUCCUGAAGGAUUAGCGAUCGACCACCUGUCCCGAAACAUGUACUGGACAGACUCCGGAUUGGACAGGAUCGAGGUGUCUACGCUAGAUGGAAAGCAUCGACGCAUGCUCUUUGACACUGACCUCUUAAACCCCAGAGCCAUCAUCGCUGACCCGGUCAAUGGACGUCUAUACUGGUCAGACUGGAACAGAGACGGCCCUAAGAUCGAGAUGUCCAACAUGGAUGGCACAGACAGGACUGUACUUGUGAGUGAUGACAUCGAACUCCCCAAUGGGCUGUCCUUUGAUCAACAUACCAGGCAGCUGUGCUGGGCAGAUGCAGGCACACGUAAGGUUGAGUGCAUUAACCCUUACACUCGGCUGAGGAGAAGGGUGUUGGAGGGACUGCAGUACCCCUUCGAUAUUGUUUCAUAUGGAAGAAAUCUUUACUACACAGACUGGAGAAGGCAAGCUGUGGUAUCUGUGGACCUUGCGGCAGGGAAAGAGGUGGAUGAGUUCCUGCCUCAGAAGAGAUCGCGCCUGUACGGCAUCACCACCUCGUACCCACAAUGCCCUCAAGCUGAAAGAAACUACUGCUCGAGCAAUAACGGUGGGUGCUCGCACUUGUGUCUGCCACGGCCAGGCAGCUUCACCUGCCGCUGCCCUGACGCCCAGGACACCACGUGCAACGAGAGCGCUUGAACGAUGGACACGCAGGUGUGUCAACGAGACGGGGACAAAGCAACACCUGUGGCACAUAAUUCAAGGAUUUAAAACAUCGCAUAUUGUAAUUAGGGAGAGAAGAUCCAUUUCCUAUCAGCCGCUAAACCCCGCCCCAUCACUAAGUCCUGGGACACUGCAGAUGUGAUGUAGUAAUGUGUGAAAGAGGAAUAAAUGAAGUUAGACGCGGUUACGAGUCCUGUAUAAACUGUGCGAGGAGGAGGUCUCGUGAUAAAAUGAGAUGAACAAGAGACCACAGAGAGCUGGGAUUGACUGCAGAAGGAAGGAACAUUGUGCUUUUCAAACUGUGACCAAAAGGGACAUCCAGGGGUCCGUGAGCCGGGGCAAGAAGGUCAAAGUCAAAACGGUUCUUGUUCUAGUUGAUUGUUGAAUUAUUAAAAUCGUUAUAGUUUCAAAUUUAUGUCAGCAUUCUAUUAACUGGUUAUGUGGUAAUUAAGUGAUUGAUGUUUAUACCAUCGACAGUAACUGUAUUGACAUCAUCUGUGAAAGUCUUAAGCCAUCUGGAGACAAAAUAUAGCCAUACAUCUGCAUUUUAGCAAGCAAGUAAAUACCAUGUUUUUUGUUUUUGUUUGGUUUUCCUGUGUUAAUACGACUGUAUAUGGGGUGUGGGGUGGAAGGGGUGGGAUAGUUAUGGGCUGGAUAUUAUCAUUAUAUUAAUUAUUUACAUUCAUCAAUAUAAUAGUUACAAUUAUUUUCCAAUGUUGUUAGAUUACCACUUUUAUAUUGUAAAGUAAUUGGCUGAUAUAAGAGUCACUAUUAUAAAAAUACAUUUCAGGUUAAAAGAAACAACCAAAAUGAAAUGUACACUUAACUUCUCUCCCCAAAUGUAGUCCAUCAGCAAAGACAUUUCUUCUACGUUAUUACUACAAAGAAAAUGUUGCUAACACGUACGCGCACAGCCUCCAGUUUAGCAUUAUACUAAUCUCACAAGCUAGAUUUCUAACAUUUGCGAGAGGAGAGGGGA